AUGUCCGGCGGCGGCGGAGACACCUUCGGCGGCGGCGGCCUGUUUAGCGGCCCGGCGGCCGCGACUGAAAACGGCAAGGGGGGCGGGGACGCCAACAACAUGAACCGGCCUGUUUAUCCGGGCCGGACGCCGCCGCCGUACGAUGCCGACGACGGCGACAGCAGCGCCGUGACGCAAGGUCCCCCUACCUACGCGGCCUCAGCGGCGCCCCCGGCGCCCCCCGCGUAUGAGGUUCCGCCGCCGCGGAUGACCGCCGCUCGCGGCACUGCCAUCGGGGCUCCGGCGGCGGAGGUGGACGAGGCGUACUUCUUCACCGACGUGUACCCUUUCACGGCGGCCCAGUUCGACCGCGAGAGGGAGAACCUGCUGGGCCAUCACACGGGGUUAGACCCGAAAAUGGCACAGAUUGAUCCGAGCAGCCGGAAGAUGCUCCAGAUGACGAGCGGCGUGGCAGCGGACCUCGAGAAGUGGGACAUCGAGUGCGCCAGGAAGCACCUGGACGCCAUCAAGGACAGCGUCACGACCCACGACGACCUCCACCAGUUCACGUUCAUGAAGGGCGAGAAGGUGGUGAACGCGUUGGACCUCGCCGGGCUGGAGGAAGCCCCCGGGGUGUUCGACGAAGUCACCCAGCGGUGCCGUGUCGUCUUCACCAACAAGAAGCGCCUCAUCUUCACUCAGGUGCUCCAGGUCUUCGUGCAGCAGAAGCUCACCACUUCCUACCAGACCUCCACCUGCACCUUCAACGACAUCUUGGAUUUCCUUUGCUGCCCGACGGGGGGAACCAUGUACUCCGAGAAGAACAUUCACGGCGUCACGCAGACGCUCGGAGACCACGAUCCGGGUGACUGCAUGAGCCGCUGGGACAAGACGCGCCACAUGCGCCACGCCUUGGUCAUUCGCUACGUGGACUGCGCCUCCAAUUCCGUGAAAGAGACGACGGCGAUGGCUCAUCCGUCAAUCCCCGCCUCUCAGCUGUACGAGAUGGCCCGCUCUAUCGAAGCCAACAUUACCAUCAGGACGGCCGACUGGAUGAAGUGCAAGAGCCUUCCCACCGCUCUGAAUGCCGGGAGCUUCAACAACUCCCCUCCGUCGCCGCCGCUGUUCAAGCGGAAGUCGUACAAGGGCCUCAUGUUCUUGCUCCUCAUCGUGUCGCUCAUCUUCUUCGCGGUCAACCCAACGGCGGCGGUCUUCAUGUUCCUCUCGGUCCUCGCCGCCCUGUUCGGGGCCUACUCCGGCAGCAAGACGCAGCAGAAGCGGGUCCGCAACGCCGGGUCGUGGAUCCUCAACGCCGCCUCCAAGAGGACGCUAGGCUCGAACGGCGCCGGGGCCGGGGUGUACGCGCUCUCCUUUUUCCUGGGACUCCAGAACACCGACGGGAGCAGCAGCCAGUCGGCCUCGUCUUACCCCUACUGAAGGAAAUGUUUCUUAUAUCGCAUCCUGCCUGUCGGGGGUCGCGGCCGUCCUUGUUGCGGCACGAUCGUUGUCAUUGGGUCCGUCCUCACCCAGUGACUGGUGGUCUCUCGCCUGUCUGCCUGCCUCGGCUUUUCCGCCCCGGCACAUGUGAAAGGAUGGGGGGAGGGAGCGUCAUGCCACGGGCAUGGCACUACUGCUGUCCCAUACGCGCUUGUAACGUACGCCAGCCAUCACCAUUGUUUGCCUUCAAUUUUUGUGUCUUAACCGCCUCGGAGGAGAACACCACAAAUCCGGCUCCAUUUAUUUGUCGCUGCAUCGACGUUGGGGCGCCAGCCAGCUAUUGUACAAUGGUCUUCUAAACUGACCUGUUGUGGGAUGGAUUUUUUAGUUUUCUUCACGGAAGACUUCCCGUUCGAGAUGUUGCCC